AUGGCUGUUGCAAGAGCUGCAGUCCUUUCUGUGCUAAUGGAGGAGAUGAUUUAUUGUGAAGAGGGGAUGGAGAUUGACACUGAUGAGUCUGCAAUGCUCAUUCUAAUUAUUGCGGCAAAGUUUUAUUUCAGUGUCCGCAGAGAGAGACAAAAAGUUGAAAGAUAUGUUGAGGGAACAAUUCCAAUGUACUACUUAGACGACUUUAAAAGAUUUUUUAGAAAGACUAGGACAACAUUCGAAAUAAUUUGUGAAAAUCUUGGUGAGUUCCAAGAGCUGCUACCCAGUUGGACAGGAGGAAGAGACCAUAUAAAUAUAGAAAAACAACUCUUAAUUACACUGUGGUAUAUUGCGACACAAGACACUACACAUAGCAUUGCAGACAGGUUCAAUGUUACAGAAUCCUCAGUUGUCAGGUGCAAGGAUAGAAUAUUUAGUGUGUUUCUAACUCAUCUGAAGCAGCAAUUUAUUAUUUGGCCUAGCAACAAUGUCAGGCAAGAGGUUAUCGAUGCAUUUCGUCGCAAAGCUAAUUUUCCUGAUGUAUUGGGAGCAAUCGAUGGAACCCACAUUAAGAUAAGAGCACCAAAAGAACACAAAGAUGUGUAUAUAAAUCGGAAAGGAUAUCAUUCAAUAGUAUUGCAAGGAGUCUGUAGAGGAGAUCUUCGUUUUACCCAUGUGUUAGCCAGCUGGCCUGGAAGUAUUCAUGAUGCAAGGGUCCUGAGAAACAGUGAUUUAUGGGAGAACGGGUUUAAUUUGUGCGGCAAUGGUCAUCUAUUAGGAGAUGGUGCAUAUCCUUUACGAACUUGGUUAAUCACCCCAUAUCGAGAUAAUUGGCAUCCAACACCACAAAAGAGAGCUUUUAAUCAAGCGCUCUCUUCUACACGUGUUUCAGUGGAACGAGCCUUUGGAUUGCUCAAAGGUCGUUUCUGUAGACUUCAGUAUAUCAAUACUAGAGAAUUAAAGACAGCUGUAGAUACAAUAGUGGUCUGUACUAUUGUACAUAACAUUUGCAUUAUUAAUGGAGAUGAAAUGCAAGACUACUUUGAUGAUGACCAUUAUGCUAAUGUUCAUGCACAGAACAAUUUCCGUAACAAUAAUCAAGUAAACAGUGAAUAUGCUGGCAUCGCAAAGCGUGACGCACUUGCUAGAAAUUUUCCUUGAAUGUGAUUGUUACACAUAUUAGUGACUCAUAUUAAUAUUUGUCAGGGAAAUAAAGA